AUGCAGUUCAGGUACCGCAGCUCACCCAACCAGAAUCAGCUUCCUCCACAUGUAGACCGCAAGUUGUUCAGCUACCAUACUGAAGCUCUCUCAAACAACAAGGCUGCUUCUUUCAACGUGCGAUUAAACCAUUUGACGUCGAAUCUUCCACCUGCCCAUCAAGCACGUCUGCUAUGCGAACACUUUAUUGCCACCAUCCAACCCACGUUCGGUGUCCUGCACGUGCCGUCAACUAGAUCACUUGUUUAUAGCUGUGUGGGCUCUGACAAAGGAGCUGUAAAGUUUGACGAGUUGCUCAUGCUUUUCAGUAUCUUUGCUGGUGCGGCCUUGGCCUGGACAGACGAACUUCUUCAUAGGCUUGAAGCAACAAAAGCCAACGCCGUGUCGGCCUUCGACUGCUAUUUCCAAUCUGCUCUGUCGAUCAUUGAAGACACUGGCACGCCACUACCGCCCUCAGUCACUGCCGUAUCAGCGAUAUGUACGCUUGCACACGUGGCCAUCAACUCUGACGAUGUCCUCCCGAUCAAGGCAUUGGAUCUGAGAAGCCGGUGCUACAAUAUGUGCCGUGAAAUGAUGAUUCAUCGCUUAGAUAGCCCGGCAGCACAGAAGGAGCGAGAUAGAAGCCCGGCCAACAAUAUUGAAUUGGAGGUUCAGAGACGUGUAUGGUGGAACAUCGUUGCUUCUGACUGGUUGACUUCGUUCUCUGGGAGUUCCCAGGAGGGCAUCUACACAUUCAUCCCGAGACUGAUGAGAGUAAAGCAACCGCGUAACGUCGAUGAUGCUGCGCUCACAGCUUUAGGGGACAUUACUGAUUUACCUAUCACCGUUCCAACAGACAUGACAUUUUUCUUUCUGCGUCUCAGAACGGCAGAAAUAUCUCGCGAGAUUAUCGAUACGAUCGCACCUCUGGCCGAUGACGCCCCUGAAGAAGACUACGAAGUCAUCCUCCAGCUUGAUAGAAAACUACAGGAUUUUGUCAAAGGCCUUCCCGAGUUUUGCAAGCUCGACCCGGAGAGUAUGCUGAAGUCCGAAGACAUUUGCAAAUCGAGGCCGUUCAUCUACUGGCAACGAAUUAGUCUCCACCUCGGCAUCCACGCACGCAUUUGUCGCCUUCAUCGUCCUUAUCACCUCGCAGCGUACUCAGAUCCUCGAUAUUCCUACUCUCGAACGACGAUACUCUCAUCAGCAUACAAGAUCUUGGAACUCAGACGCAUGAUGGACGACCCGGUUGCCAAGCUUCACUUUAGACCGGAGAGGUAUUGGGUAAUCUUCUUGCACGUCACCUCAGCCGCGAUAGCGUUGGCAGUCGACCUGUCUCACAACCCUGAUACCCCCGACGCUGAAGCCAUAAAGGAAAAGGUCAGAGUCGCGUACGAGACGCUGAACAAAUCGAGGAAGAACGCGGAGAGCUUGAUCAGAGGUAUUGAGAAGAACAUGGAGCAGGUCAUGGGGACUGUGCAGAAGCAGCGUGCGAAUGCGGUGAUAUCAGCGUCACCGGCUGGGACAUCGAGCGCCAACUUGGGAUCGGUUCCUGAAAGUGCUUUCAUGGACAUGAGCGAUGUGACAGUGGGCAUGCAGGAAGACGGUUUCGGGGACGAACAUUCGCACCAGCUCUGGUCAGACUUUUUGGCUGCUGUGCCUGACCUUGAAGAGUUUCAGUGGACUUCUCUUUUGCAAGACCUCGACUUUGAUCCUAGCAACUUCAGUUAA